ACUUCGCCGUCCUCCUGAACGGGCGCACCUCCCAGACGCCCAUGACCACGUCCAGGGUGGCCACGGGACGCCUCUCCCUCCGCCGGAAGACGCUCCACUUCUCGUUCCUGCUGGAGGACGGCUACCCCACGCCGGCGUCCAUCCAGUUCUUGAGCGAGGACGGGAACAUUCUGGAGCAGCUGGAGGCGCAGCCGACCCCCUACGAGGCGACCAACAACAGGGUGUGUGGCACUUGGACGCGGGUGCCGAGGGACUACAGGGCGUUGCUGAGGGAGGAGAAGAUGUGGGUGGCGCUGCAGCCGCCCAGCGACCGCGACGAGGACGUGAUCAGCGGCCAGGUGGCGCGCUACGUGGGCGUCGACACCGAGGUGUUCUCGGCGCUGCUGCGGCCCUCGCCCGCCGCCAACCAGACGCUGAGCGGCGGCGGCACGGCCAUCAUCUCCGUGGACGCCCGCACGGACUCCCUCCACAUCAGCCUGGUCUUCAACGGCAUCUUCGGGCCGGGGGAGGCGCACAACGCGACGCUGGUCGUGGAGCUGACGCCGCAGCGCGCGCUCUCGCCCGUCACCGACACCGUGGUGCUCUCCAAGGUCUUCUCCGACAUCAACCGGGCGGAGUUGAUGACGACGCUAGGGAACACCAGCCUGCGCCUCCUCACCCGCGGCCUCGUGCACCUGAAGGUGUGGAGCCAGGGCGCCCCCGAGCUCGCGCUGGAGGGCAUGAUCACCCCGAGGGCCACCUGCAACGUGUACUCGACCGUCCUGAGCCCGCCGCCUCACCCGCCUGCAGACGCGGGGACGGUGGCAGCGCCCGCCGCCUACGGCUCCGGCUGGGCGCUCCUCACGCUGUCCAACGACGGCGCCUUCCAGUACCAGGUGUUCGUGCAGGGCCUGGAGGUGAAGAACCUCACCCUGGAGACGACCCACCGACGGCGACACCGCAUAGUGGACAACAUCACGCAGUUUUACGCGGACUCGUGGGCCAACGGGACCUACAGCCGCCCCACCUACCGCGACCUGGAUGCGCUGCUCCGCGGCAAGCUGGAGGUGGUGGCCAGCAGCGGCGACGGCGGCGAGGAGCUGCGCGGAAUGCUGGUGCCGCUGUCCAUCACCGAGGCGCUCCGCUCGCCGCAGCCUGUGCUGCUGUCGCACCCCGAGCUGCCCAUCGCGGCCACCGUGUGGGUGGCGGUGGACUCGGCCUGCGUCAUGCACUACGACGUCAUGGUGGCCGGGACGCCCCCGGGCAAGGCGCCGGAGCCCUACUGGAACCUGACGCUGCGCGAGGAGGACCGUUCGUGGGACCCGCGCUUCGACAUGAACGUGAUCCGCCUCGAGGACAUCGUGGAGGGCUGGGAGCUCUCGGCGCACUCCACCGUCCUUAUGCCCAUGUCGCUGUCCCGCCUGGGCAGCGGCGUCUCCUACCUGGACCUGGCGCUGGUCCAGCCCGACGUCGAGGCGAGCCCGCCGCCCCUCACCGGUCGCAUCGCGGGCGUGUCCGUGCCCCCCGCGUGCCUCCUGUCCAGCCACAACGACGCCAACGUGCCGGGGGAGCGUAUCAGCUCCGUCGACACCAACUGCUUGAACCUGACCUGCAUGGACGAGGAGGUGCCCCGGCCGGUCGUCUACAAGUGCAAAGAUGAAGACAUGAACAUCUUCGAGGAAGGCACCAGCUGGCCCUCGCCCGUCAACCCCUGCUCCAUGUGCAUGUGCUCGAGGGGCGUCGUCAAGUGCGUGGACUUCGUGUGCCCGAGACUCGAGUGCGAGGACGCCUACACCCCCCCAGGCGAAUGCUGCCCCGUGUGCCCAGGCGGAAAUGACGUAGACACCGGGAGCGUCUGUGAACUGAACAACCUAAAGCACCGAGUCGGGUCGAAGUGGCACCCAUUCCUGGCACCCACAGGCUUCGACACCUGCUUCGUCUGCACAUGUCAGAUGGAUUCCGCGGACCAGCCGAAAGUCGACUGCUUCAAGUCCCCGUGCCCUGCGCUGCCGUGCCCCGAGAGCGAGACGGUAACAAUCCCUCCGGCGUGCUGCCCCGUAUGCCGCGAGACCGAGCCCGAGAUGCUGCUGCCCCCCGCCCUGUCGGAGAUGCCCAACGACAGGCAGAGCGUCCGGACCAGGGAGCAGCAGCUGGAUGACAUCUUGAGAAGAGGAGGCUGUUCGAGAGCAAUGAGUGCCUAUGAAAACGGAGAAGAGUGGCACCCUAGAGUGGCGUGGAUUGGAGAUUACAAAUGCGUGACCUGCAAAUGUAAGGAUGGCAACAUCACGUGUAGUUACCACCAGUGCCCGAAGCUCAGCUGCCAAGACAAAGUGCAAGUGGGACAGGAGUGCUGCCUGCGCUGCGCCAACCGGACCAGCAACGGCCCCGUCUUCGAGAGCAAGCUGCGGGGUUGGCCCAGGAGUUCGAAGAAGAACUCGCGCAAGAAGAAGGGCAGCUACAGAAGGCGGAAUUCAGGUUAAUGCAUUGCCGUUGCAUGACUGACUGUAGUGAUACUGUAUAACUGAAAGUCAAUAUGGAGGAAAAAAAAUGAACUGCCGAAUGAUUUAGGCAUUUUGGACAUUCAAAAAAAAAAGUAUUUAUACCCCUCCCUAUUGGGCUUAUCUUCUGUUCUUGUUACUGGGAAGUCAAACUUGCACAGAUGCCUUUGGCCCCAGUGUGGCAUAGGACGCCGUAGAGGAAAGGGAAGGACACAGCCAUGCUCUGAAGGAAAGCGCAAGACGAAAGAUGCACCGCGGGCACAGGUCCUAAUGGCUGCAGGGUGAAAGUGUUGGGUGUGGCGGGGAGUCGAUAGGUCCGGGCGGAAGGACCAGUGUGUGCGGGACCUGAGCUGCUGGGCUGAUCCUUAGGGGGAGCACACUCUUCAUCGUGGUGAGAAUCAGGAAAAAGAAAACUUGAAAACUUCUUGAAAGGCUCAGGUCUCGAGCGGACUUUCGUGUCCGCGUAAGAGUAGGACUGAAACGCUGCAUGUUGUAUGGCGACCAAGCAUACUGACUAGGUAACUCUCAAGUAGUGGCUUUGUAAAAAAAAUAUAUGAAAUAUAUUAUAAUAUCAAUGAUAAUAAAACACGAAAGAAUAAUAUUGAUAACGACGAUAGCACAGUCACUCAUCUGGACGAAUAACGUAGGAAUGAUGAAAGAAAACUCACCAGUGCCGCUUCACUGCUCCAACCACACACACGGAGCAAGCAUAGAACUAUCACCCCUGUCUGAUGCUAAAACAAGACAACGUAAACUCUUCCAAGUUACAGAAUGUCUAACCGUCUUUCGAGUUAUUCUGACCACCAUGCAAGAAAAUGCUCAACCGCUCAGCAGCAAUCUGUCUAUGGUACCAAAGAUAACGGGUGUUUCUCAGUCUAAAUUUGCUUGAGUAGGAGGAAAGGAUACGCUCUAAUUGUGAGGAGAUUAGCAUUUAAAAAAAAAUGGAAAUGCUGUAGACAAAUGGCUGUAAUAAUGAUAGUAGCUCAAACCCAGACAGCUUUACACAUACAGAAAUUUCAAAUGAGCACCUGUCCAGGCUUAUAAAGGGCAUAGUCACUGGUGCUCAGACGAUCACGUGGUCUCCAGCUGAGACUGUCAAAUCAUGCUCCACUCUUUUCGGUCCAUUAGAACACGUAAAUCGGUUUUGGAAUCUCCUCACAAAUUUCCGUAUUCCCAAGCCACAUCAUAUUCCAUGAAUGCCAAUUCCUGAUGACAUAUGGGCAGAGCUUGUCACUGAAAUAAUGAUAAAAAAAUAACUGGAGUCUUUUCUCCAAGCUCAAUCAUAGACCGAUACUAUAAGUUAGGGCCAGACUACACUGUUCUUCGUGAUCUGUUUUCCGUUUGCUAAUUUUCUUCACAUGAUUAGUACGUCUCUUGUCUUUACGUGUUAUUAGUUUCAUUAUUUUAUUAAAAAAUAAUGAAAUAUACAUGCAACCAAAAAAAAAGGAACAAAAAAUGAAAACCGAUUUUGUCCAAACAAUGACUAUCCUGAAGAAAGAAAACGGGAAGCAGACGAACAGUGAAUUCUGACCUUCCUGUUUACCGUUUCCCAAAUGCUGACGGUUAAAAAAAAAGAGGUGCAUUUUGUUCAAACUGUGGAGGCUACCACUUCUAUUCAAUAUGGUGUAAUAGACAUAGAGAGAAAAAAAAAACAUGAAUUUAGAUUAUCUCUUUCUUAGAUUGAUGUGUUGUGAAUCAAGCUUUUUUUGAUGGUAAAUGGUCUGGUUCAUGAUCUUUUCGAGUCGACACAAAGUUCGAGCGAGAGAUUUACUGAAGCCUCGGAACUCGCUGACUCAUGACGAUAAUGAACCAGACCUUUUUUUUUUUGAGGGAGGAGGAAGAUUACAUAUUUUUGUAAAUGUGUACAUAUAUAUAAGUAGUGUUAAUCAUUAGGAUAGUCCAUUGCUUUAUUACUUUAAUGCGUAUUUGGGACACGAUGAUAUAUGCACCUUUGUUUUUUUGUUUUUUUUUGUUAUUUUUUUCAUUAGCGGAACAACCCAUUUUUCACAUCCUCUUGGGAACGAGAGGCAAAAAGAAAAAAAGAAAGAAAAUAGAGAAAAAAAAAAACAAGCGAAGUCUUAAAUACACAAAGGUCAAAAUCAUCUCUCAGUGUGUCCAGCUAUUCAUGUGGUAUAUGGAUAAGUUUUAAGAUUGUGCAGAGAGGCUAGUUUUUCACCUUAAUUUAAUAGGAGGAGGAUCCUUAGUGACAUUAUCCUAUAUAGUGAGAGCUCGUCGGAAGACCAACCUGACGGAGCACUGAGACUAAGGCAUGAGAACGAGUGGUAUUGACUGAUACCAACAAGGUUCUAUAAAGAGUUACGUGGGAUACAAAUAGCAAAUCAGUAUUCAUCAAUCUGCCUCAGGUAUCAGUCAUAUUCUAAUGAUUCUUUAAACGUUUUCUUUUCUUUUUUUCUGUAAAACAUGUGGAUGGCUGGUAAUCUCAGAUGGCAGCAAGUAAUGACGUUUCACUUAAUUGUGUAUAAAUCUAUGAUUUUCAUUAAGGACCAGAAUCGAUAUUUGGUAUAUCUGUUCUUGGCCUUUAUAUGCUGAGGAUAUUGACCUUAGCAAUUCGUUGUUUUAAUUUUUAUUCAAUCAAAUCUGGCAGACACGUGAAUCAUGAGUUUUGAUAACCGAUACAUUCCUCAGAGCUGUCCACUGCAUUACCUGUUUCCAUUAUGUCAUGUAGAUUAUUACGAUGGCUUCGUUAAGGACUAAAAUACUCUGUGUUCGGUGGAAUUAGUCAGUAUAUUCUGUUAUUUAUUACUGUAUUGUAUUAUUAUUUUUUUAUUUGACUUAACUAGUUGGAUUUUUUUUUUCUUAUUUAAUGGUAACCAUAGGGAAUGAUUUAAUUAUUAGGCGACUUGAGAUGCAAAUCAUAAUUUUAUCCAUAUACCACAUAACUUGAAAGAAAUGUAUCCCAACUCUAGAAACUAAUACUACUUUGUACAUUUUUUUUUUAUAUAGACAUCAGUAUAAUUGGAAACAACCCGAGUCACACAGUAUUUGAAGCAAAUAUCAGUAAGCCUAUAUGAAAUUCCUGGUCAGUAUUGCAUGUCAUAGAGAUGCCUUGUUGCUGUUACUAGAUGGCUUGUACAUCUAGAACACACACACACACUUACAAAAGAAAAUAUAUAUAUAUUAGUGCCCUUAGUUCCAACAGAUGUUAUGCAGAAAUCGCGAUGCCUUUUGACUGCUCAUUGGGACAUCCCACUUUACUUGAUAGAGUUAAUACUGUCACUCCUUGCUCCUCUACUCUGUAUUUGAACUCCAGAGGAAACAGGUCUGUUCAAAGAGAAACUUGUGUAUAAACCCCACAUACGAGUAAUGUUGGUAAGAUCAUAAGUCUUCUGGAAAAAAAAACAUAGCUUGUAUUUUAUGAUAUUGUCAGAAAAUCAUUGCUUGAUGAUAGGUGAAGUUAGCAAUUAUGAGCUUAGGUAGCGAAUACUAUACAGCAAUGUACUCAUGGUAAUGUUUAUAAAUGCUGCAGAUGUUACAUUUGAUGAACCUGUAAUGUAAUUUAGAACUGCAGUUUGCAUGUCAGUCAAAGUAUAUAGGAGUUUAGCUGAUAUAAAUAUUCAUAGGAUGGCCUUGAAUAACUCAAGUGGCAGCAAUCAGUUAGAAACAUUGUGUUAGAUUGUAAAAAUAUAUAGUCUCCUUCUUUAAAGAAAAAAAGAAAAUACAGAUAUUCGAGAAGUUCCUCAAUGGACAUUAUGCAAUAAAAGAUAUGUGUCUUUUUUUAAAUAGAGGAAUAGUUACAAACCCAUUGAUGAUGCAAGACCUGAAUGUCUGAUGAUUUACACACGUUGCCAAAUAGAGUAUCCAUUUGCCGGCAGUGAGCCUCGGGAUACUCAACAGCUCCACAGGACAGGGUAAUAAGGAACAGCAUAGCCCAUCAUGCAAGUUAUAGCAUAUUAUUUGUGAAUAAAGUUUUCUAUCAAAUGGCUUCUUUCACCGUUGAAAAUAAACUCUUAAGACCAACUUAUCCAUCAUCUUCUUUCAUGCCUGAAAGUGCCAGGAAAUGAAAUGGAACGAAGUGGGAGCUACAUAAACCCAAAAGUGUAAUUUCAGUCAUGCACUGUGGUGUAGUGGUGAGAGGCAUAUUGUAUAGAAAACAUUCUUAUUUUUCUCUGAACAACUGUUGUUUAAAAAAAAAGCAUGGUAUCACUUGACUGAGACUAACCCCAGGCCAUUUACUUCAAGAUAAGUGCUUCUUCGUCAAAGACACUUGGUGAUGUGGAGGUUUCCUUGAAUUAGUAAGCCUCUGGUACUAUAAUCUCUCGGUAUCAAACUUACCCAAUCAGUGUGGUAUAUUUACCAGCAGUACGCAAGGCUCAUAGUUACUGAUCUUCUCUUAGUUAUUGGUUUUAAAUACCCAGAUUACAGAUAGACUUGGUAAUAGCUGGAUUGUGUCCGGAAACUGGAAAGAUGGUACUGGCCACCAACGGAGAACAGAAUGGCUUGUGAAAAAAACUUAAAAGAAAAAAAGGUCGUGACAAAUCUCCUUUCAACCAAAUUAAAAAAGAAAAAGAAAAAAAUGGGAUGUUCAUAAAGCUGUGAAGGAAUUAGAUUACAUAUAUAUAAAAAAAAAUACAUGUACAUAGACAUUUCUUAAAAGUACGUGAUGAAAGGAAAUCACAAAAGUCAACGUUUGGAGAUGUUGUCAGUAGUCAAUAGAAGGAUCUUGUUGGCAGGGUAUAAUACUAUUACUAAGUUAACGUUUAUUAUAUUUUUUCGCGACUAAGUGAUGCAUUUGUGAAAACUGGCAUUUUCAUAUGGAAUUGUAUGAUAACUAAUCAUUUAAUUUAUUUAGCUAUUUCUUUCUGUUCACAGUAGAGGAUUUAGUGAACCAUCAUAGUAACAACUUUUUUUUUUUUUUGUACUUGUCUUCUGUAAAUAAAGCUGUGGAAAGCGCUAAUGAUAAUAACUUCUCAAGCUAGUCAGUUCUUGCAGAUAAUUUCUCUCCAUAAAAUGAUAUAAGGAUAUUCUCUAAUGAAACAGUUAAGUGGUAUGUUGCAAUGCACAUCUCACAAACUCUACUAAAGCUUAAUUGCUCUGUAUGUCUUAACUUAAUGAAAAUGGGUGAAAAGAAAUGAAUUCGAUAGCUUUUCUCUUCUCAUCGUCUCGCUUAUCAUUUUAUUUUCAUAUAUAUAUUUUUUGGGGAAAAGGAAUAAAAAAAUAUAUAUUUUUUUUUUCUUUCAUGGACCAAAAAAUAAAAAAAAAAUGUUUCUUUUCUUUGAAUCAAAAUACAAGUGAAUCUCUGUUUUUUUCAUGCAAUAUUCUGUGUAUCAUUGUAAUAAGAACAAUAAUUUUACAGAAUCUGAAUCACUUUUCUGUUCCCCUUUAUUUUAUUUUAUUUUUUUUUAAUGACAUUCACUCAUUUUCAUCUUUUCCUUUAUGAUUGUCUUUAUAAUUCUCUUUCAUCUUUUCUUGCUUCCAUUUGAUUGUCAGGGGCUCCGUUAAGAAACAACAAAGAAAACAAUAAAAAAUUAUCCUAAAGUCUCUUUUACUCAACAUUACAACGACACGAACAAAAAAACAAAACAAAAACAAGUGCUUCCCCAAACACACUUAUAUAUAAAAAUCUUCCUUUUUAAUGAACAAACCAAUAGAAUUAAUCUCAACAAUCGCUUCCAUUUCUUUAUUUUUUAUUUAUUUGUUUUUUUUUAAUCAUUAUCAACACUUGAUCUUAUAGGAAACAUUGAACAAAAUUAGCCCCGUUUUUGUUCACUGAAAAACUACAUUCUGUCACCCUUCACCCCCUCCUCCCCCUCCCCCCUCCUCACCCUCCUCUCCUUUCCUCCCUUCUAUAGUCUGGCAGCUGAAACAGACUUUGCAUUAUUAUUAUUAUUAUUAUUAUUAUUAUUAUUAUUAUUAUUAUUAUUAUUAUUAUUAUAUUGCUAUUAGUGUUAUUGUUAUUAUUAUCAUUGAUAUUAUUAUUAUCAUUAUUAUUAUUAUUAUUGGUAUUAUUAUUAUCAUUGAUAUUAUUAUCAUCAUUGAUAUUAUUAUUAUCAUUAUUAUUAUUUUGAUUGAUUAUAAUUGUAUCAUUGUUAUUAUUAUUAUUGGUUAUAAAUAUAUUGUAGUUAUUAUUAAUCUUAUUAUUAGUAUUAUUAUUAUCAUUUUCGUCAUCAUCAUUAUCACUAAUUAUUGAUAAUUAUGAAAAUUAUUAUACUAUUAUUAAACUGCAUCUCCUUGUUUAAUAAUUGGUUUCACUUUUAUUAUCAUUAUUGAGGUAUUUCCUACCUCGUGUUCUUUCACUGCAUAUUAUGAGCCUCUUGCAAAUGAAUAAAAUAAAAAAAAGUAUAUAAAAAAAAAACAUACUGAACUAGCACAGCAAUUCCUAUUUGCAAUAUUCACUUGGGCACCAUAUCUUAUAGUGUAUUAAAUAGAUCUACAGCAAAUUAAUUAUGCAAUAAAUGAUUUUAUCGAAGAAGGAAAAGGAAAAAAAAAGAUUGUACAGUAGGUCUUUGAAGGUUUUGAGUGAUGAGUUCGCUAACAUGAUGAUGAAAAUAUCUGUCCUAGAUUAUAAAUGCAGGUUUAAAUGGAUUCUCCCUAACUAGGAAAAUCGUCCAGCGUCAAAAAUACAUGAAGAAAAUAACCCUUCGUGGAGAACAGGGUCUUUGUAAGCAACAAUAAGAAAUCAGAGUGUCUUUGGUUCCAGUUUUUGGCCAUCUUUGAGGUUUAAAACUACGUGCACGACCGUCAGCUUCUAGCAAACGACUUUUAUUUUGUUGGUAAGAGUAAAAAAAAAAGUGAAAAAGUGGAGUACUAAGAGCCGAAGGAAUGAUUCAAGAGGGUAAUGAGACACGGCAAAUGGACCUGUAUUUCUACGAUUAAUUCAAGUUGUUUCGUAUAUUUUUGGUCAUCUCCCCCCUCGCAUGUAAGUGAAAUAUCUCAGGGAGUGAGAUUUGCACAAUAUAAGCCAACAGCAUAGAAAUCAACUUUAUAGUGUUAUACUUGCUUACGACUCAAACUAUCGUUAUUUGAUUUCUAUGGAAAUGCCAGGAAAAUGUGUGUCAAAAUGUCUUUUUAAAAAAUGAUGACAGUAUUGACAAUGGCUUAGGAGUAUCUUACCGCACUUCUGAUGGCAAUACUGAAGCCCCCCCCCCCUCACGAAGAAAAAGAAAAAAAAGUAUGGUAAAAUAUCCUCUUAUCUAUGUAUGUAUAUAAUAUUACGUAUGGCACUGUACAUCAGCUGAAACAUACGUCAUGCAAUCAUGGUGGUUUUUCCCCCAGUCUUAUACAUGUACCAUGAACUCUGAAGAUCUUAAGACUGCCUGCUCUUGAUAUAAAGUGUUGUAUGUUGAAGACUACUACACAUGACCAUUAUAGCAUAACAAACCAAUGUCUUCCUUAUUUUGUUAGCAAUCACAUGUAAAUCAAAUAAGCGAUAUUUUUUCUAGAGUUACUGCUAUCGUUCUUUGUAAUGACUAUGCUAUAAGCAGAGAAUUGCUGUGUUUUUUUUUAAAUGUACUGAUAACAUGUAUGGACAUAGACUUACACAAAUACAGAUAGCAGAGGAAUGUGCUUGAAUAAUGACAGGAAAGACACUUGCAUAGAAACACAAAACAGCUACAGCUCUCUCUCUCUCUCUCUCUCUCUCUCUCUCUCUCUCUCUCUCUCUCUCUCUCUCUCUCUCUCUCUCUCUCUCUCUCUCUCUCUCUCUCUCUCUCUCAUAUAUAUUGCCAUCACUUUUUCUUGUGAUCUGUGUAUGACUUAGUCAAAUAUAUAUAUUUAUCUUUUCUUAGCAUUCCUAAAUAUGUAAAUAAUAAACUUUUGUUGUUGUUAAUAUUACCAUAAGCAGAAGGAAAUAAAGUCACUACAAAUG